CGGCUUUCCCAUUAUUCUCACAUGGUAUUGACUAUUGAGUCUAACCUAAUAUUUUUUCUCCCCUAAGAUUUCUGCCGCACACCUGCGCGGCUGCGCCUCCUCCAUGGAGUCAGCCGCAGCUCUGGACUCCACCAGCGGUUCUUCCAUCGCUGCCGUACCUCCAACGGCGUCGGUAAACAUCACUCCCACCACUGCUAUGACGACGCCACCGUUUUCCCCUUCCUCCCUUCUUGUCAAUUUUUCCGGCGGAGCUAUUACUUCAUCGAUUCAGAGGCCAGAGUCGUCAACCUUGUUCUCUAAUUUUCCUCCGCCGCCAUUCUUCCCGACGGCAGAAAACUAUUCCCUGUUUCAGUCUAUGCCACCUAGGCCUACUACGCAACCGGCUGUGCAUCGAUCUGGUGAAACUGAUUAUUCACCUGCGCCGCCUGCUUCCCCUUCUUCGGCUCUACUUUCUCCAGCACGCUAGGCGUAAUUAGGGAUGGACUAAACCGGGCCGGCCCGACCCAGAACCGGCCGGCUCGUUACUGUUUCGGCCCGGACCGGACCGGGACCGGUUGGCCGGUUCCGAGCUUUUAGCCUGUUUGGGCAGGUCGGGCAGGCCGGCCUCGGGCCCAACUUUUGGUGAACCGGCCCGGGCGGUUCGGGCCGGGGCCGGUUCAAAAUUUUUUUGUUUUUUCAAUUUUUUUUGCUUUUCUGGGUUAGGGUUG